UCAAAUCGGAGAGCAUAAUUUGUUAGAUUUUUACAGUUAUGUGCAAUGUGGAAUACCGCGUAUGUAAACACACCGCCACCAACAACAACACCAACAACAGAAUCAGUCACUCAAAGAAAAAAGAAAAAAGUAAAGUGCAGAAAUGUGAAUGCAUUUCUACAGAUCAACAACAAUAAUAAAAUGCUCUGAACAUUUUAACAAACCAAAACAAGUUGCAAAUCAAACAAAACAUCUAUUCGCAACGAUAAAAUGUUACAGUACAGAAAUAGAAGCAACGGUAAACAACAAUAGCACUACCACCAAUACAACAACAAUUAAAAAUCAAACAAAAUCACAACAAAUAGAUAGGAACAGCAGCAGCAAUAGUAGCAGCAGUAGCAGCAAUGGCAGCGGCAAAUGCAACAUCAAACGCAUUUGCUAGCUGGGUUUAAGUGUUCUCUCUUCUUACACGCCGUCUUCUUUUACUUCAAGUUUCACUUGCAGCAUCUGUUGCAGAGGACUGGAAGCAUUUCGAAUCCUAGCCAAGGCCGAUAUAUUCGAGUUCGAAUCAGGCCAAUUUGGUGGAUUUGGCGCCUACCCACAAAAUGCACUCGUGCGCAUGCUGCUGUAUGACAAACAACAUAACCAGAAUCAACAACAACCAGCAGCAGCAGCAGCAACAGCAGCAGCAGCAACAGCAGCAGAAGCAGGAGGAGGAGCAGCAGACGUAUCUAAGGCUUUGGAGGUCAGCUGUAGCAGAAGCAGUAGCGGAAGCGUUGCGUCUGGAGCGAAGGCGCACAUUAGGAACGACGUCUACUGGCGGCGCAUGGUACGCCAGUAGUAGCAGGAGCAGCUACAACAACGAUCUCAACGGCGAGCCAACGGAGUCAGCGACGUGCUCAGCUGGCACGGUCGCGGUGACGAUAGCGCGGACGACGUCGUCGACGUCUUCGUCGCAGCGGCAGACGAUAGCAAGGUCAGGAGAAGAGGAAGAACAAGACGACGACAAAGAAGAAGUUGCAGCAGCAGCAACAGCCCCAACAGCGCAUAUAAUAACAAAGGAGUUGCAACAUUUAUUUACAACUCCCGCUAGUUUAUGCAAAAUUUUAUUAAAACAAUUUACUGAGCAAGUGUCGUCAUUGUUGACUGCCACCAAGAUCGCAAGUUUAUAAAAGAAGCCGAAGGAGAGAAGAUAAGCAAGAAAGAAAAUACCAAGCAAAGCAAAGCGAACAUCUAAAGAAACAAAUUCAAACAUCCGUGCGAAAACUGU